AAAAAAUAGUUUACCCAUAUUUAGAGAGUGAGCGCUCUGAAGUCUGAAGGGUAUUCCUACCAUCUCCUCUCCUCUGUCAGCCUCCUCUCCACAUUUUUCUUCUCUUAUUUUAUCUAUCCAAUCCCAGCGGGAAGGUCAUCAUCAAUGGAAGCUGACGAUGUUACCGGGAGGGGAGCCAAAACCUCCAUCGUUUCAGUCGAUGAGGCUCUGCAAAUGGUGCUGGGAGUUGCCCAGCGUCUGCCUCCGGUCAUCGUACCACUUUAUGAUGCGCUUGGCAAGGUCUUGGCUGAAGACGUUCGAGCUCCAGACCCUUUGCCUCCUUAUCCUGCGUCUAUUAAGGAUGGAUAUGCUGUUGUGGCUUCAGAUGGGCCGGGUGAGUACCCAGUGGUUGCUGAAGCUAGAGCUGGAAAUGAUGGACUUGGUGUGACUUUGACUUCAGGAACUGUUGCAUAUGUCACAACUGGAGGACCAAUACCUGAUGGAGCUGAUGCUGUUGUUCAAGUUGAAGACACUGAACAAAUUGAAGAGUCUUCACAUGAAUCCAAACGAGUCAGAAUAUUGGUACAAACAAGAAAAGGAACAGAUAUCCGCCCGGUGGGAUGUGACAUUGAAAAAGAUGCUGUAGUCUUAAAACAUGGAGAAAGACUUGGAGCCUCAGAAAUUGGCCUGCUUGCCACUGUUGGAGUAAUGAUGGUGAAGGUGUACCGGCCCCCAACUGUUGCUGUCCUUUCUACUGGAGACGAACUUGUAGAUCCAUCAACAAAGUGCUUAAGUCGUGGCCAGAUUAGGGAUUCAAAUCGAGCUAUGAUAUUGACAGCUGCAAAAGAGCAGCAGUGCAAAUUACUUGACCUGAAUAUCGUAAAAGAUGAUGAAGGUGAACUAGAGAGAGUUGUAGAUGGUGCAGUUUCUGCUGGUAUUGAUAUUCUCUUAACUUCUGGUGGUGUUUCCAUGGGAGACAAGGAUUUUGUGAAGCCACUUCUCAAAAAGAGAGGAACAGUGUAUUUCAGUAAGGUUAACAUGAAACCAGGAAAACCUUUGACAUUUGCUGAGAUCAUUGCUAAACCUGCAGCAGAUAGGCCAGAGAAAAAGAUUCUUGCAUUUGGUUUGCCGGGAAAUCCAGUGAGCAGUCUAGUCUGUUUCCAUCUCUUUGUGGUACCUGCCAUCCGCCGCCUUUCUGGAUGGGCAAAUCCUCAUCUUUUAAGAGUGCAGGCCCGUCUUUGUCAGCAUUUAAGUACAGACCCAGUCCGUCCAGAAUUUCAUCGUGCUAUUGUUAGGUGGGAGGUUGAUGAUGGAUCAGGCAAGGCUGGUUUUGUUGCUGAGAGUACUGGUCAUCAGACGAGCAGCCGGCUUUUGAGUAUGAAAUCUGCUAAUGCUUUACUGGAUUUACCAGCAACAGGAAGUGUGAUGCCUGCUGGUUCUUCUGUGUCAGCCAUCAUAUUUUCCGAUUUAAGCAGAGUUGCUAUUGGCAAAAAUCCUCCCACAUCCAAUCCAACUUCUACAUUGCAAGCAAAUGCCAAAAAAGAAAUAAGUACAAAUGAUUCUGAAUUCAGAUUAGCUAUUCUUACAGUUAGUGAUACUGUUGCAUCGGGGGCUGGACCAGAUAGAAGUGGUCCUAGAGCAGUUUCUGUUGUAAAUUCAUCAGCAGGAAAGUUAGGAGGAGCUAGAGUUGUUUUGACAGCUGCAGUACCUGAUGAUGUGAGCAAAAUCAAAGAUGUUCUGCAGAAAUGGAGUGAUAUUGAAAAAGUUGAUCUCAUCCUCACCCUUGGUGGCACUGGUUUCUCCCCUCGGGAUGUAACCCCUGAAGCAACUAAGCUGUGUAUUGAGAAAGAAACACCUGGACUCUUGUAUGUCAUGAUGCAAGAGAGCUUGAAGGUGACGCCAUCUGCUAUGCUGUCACGCUCAGCAGCUGGAAUAAGGGGAUCGACACUGAUCAUCAACAUGCCUGGGAAUCCAAACGCAGUUGGGGAGUGCAUGGAAGCUUUGUUACCUGCCCUUAAGCAUGCAUUAAAGCAGAUAAAGGGUGACAAGAGAGAGAAACAUCCUCGCCACGUUCCUCACGCAGAAGCCGCUUCUACGGAUGAAUGGGAGCGUAGUCAUAAAUUGGCCUCUGCUGACACUGGAAAAAACUCGUGCUCUUGUGGCUAAGGGUCCUCUGGGAUUAAAUGGUACAUGAAUUAAUUCAAGAUGUUAGCACAAAAAUUACUUGCAUUAAUAAUAAUAAUAAUAAUUUUCAGCUGGAGUACAUAUAUUCCAUAAA